UAUUGCCAAUGAACUUUACAGCCAUUCAACUCUCUCUCUCUCCCCUAUCUCAGCUUAGUGUACUCUGCCCCCUCUUCUUGUGGAAACUCUUCCCCUCUGCGAAAUUUAAGAAUGGGAAGCGCAAGCGCAGGAGAAACUAAUUAUGGUGCAUACACAUAUGAAAGACUCGAGAGAGAACCUUACUGGCCCUCAGGAAAGCUAAGGAUAUGUAUCACUGGGGCUGGUGGUUUCAUUGCUUCCCACAUUGCCCGUCGUUUGAAAACUGAGGGACACUAUAUUGUUGCUUCUGACUGGAAGAAAAAUGAGCACAUGACAGAGGAUAUGUUCUGUCAUGAGUUUCAUCUUGUUGAUCUCAGGGUCAUGGAAAAUUGCUUGAUGGUCACUAAAGCAGUUGAUCAUGUCUUCAAUCUUGCUGCUGAUAUGGGUGGAAUGGGCUUUAUUCAGUCCAAUCACUCUGUUAUUAUGUAUAAUAACACAAUGAUCAGCUUUAACAUGAUUGAGGCUGCCAGGAUUAAUGGAGUAAAGAGGUUCUUCUAUGCUUCCAGUGCUUGCAUUUAUCCUGAAUUUAAGCAAUUGGACACAAAUGUAAGCCUGAAGGAAUCUGAUGCAUGGCCUGCAGAGCCUCAAGAUGCAUAUGGCCUGGAGAAACUUGCAACCGAAGAGUUGUGCAAGCACUAUAACAAAGACUUUGGCAUUGAGUGUCGUAUUGGAAGGUUCCAUAACAUAUAUGGUCCAUUUGGAACAUGGAAAGGUGGGAGGGAAAAGGCUCCAGCUGCUUUCUGUAGAAAAGCAAUUACUUCAACAGAUAAGUUUGAGAUGUGGGGAGAUGGACUACAAACACGUUCAUUCACUUUCAUCGAUGAAUGCGUUGAAGGUGUUCUUAGACUGACAAAGUCUGACUUCCGUGAGCCAGUAAAUAUUGGUAGUGAUGAAAUGGUAAGCAUGAAUGAAAUGGCUGAGAUUGUUCUUAGCUUUGAGGACAAGAAGCUGCCCAUCCACCACAUUCCUGGCCCUGAAGGUGUUCGUGGUCGUAAUUCCGAUAACACUCUAAUCAAGGAAAAACUUGGUUGGGCUCCCAGUAUGAGACUCAAGGAUGGGCUGAGAAUUACAUACUUUUGGAUUAAAAAGCAAAUUGAAAAGGAGAAAGGUCACGGUGUGGAUUUAUCAAUCUAUGGGACUUCUAAGGUUGUGGGAACACAGGCUCCAGUGCAGCUUGGGUCACUUCGCGCUGCUGAUGGCAAGGAGUGAAACUCAUUGUUUUGCUGUUUGUGCUUAAUAAAGUGAAUCUCUUUUUCACGUACUAGCUACAUUAUAGUGGCAAAAUAGAGAAAUGUAGCAUAAUUAUCUUCUCUUCAGCUGCUAGUUGGGCAAACUAUAUGCUCCUGUGUGUAAGGGAUGCCGUUUUGCUCCUGCCUAGGUAUCUAGCUAUCAGUUUUCUCCUGCCUAGGUAUCUAGCUAUCAGUUUUCUCCUGCCUAGGUAUCUAGCUCUCAGUUUGUGAUGUUGUAAGCCAAUAUAGCAGUUUGUGCAAUGCUUGUCAUUUGCUCCUGCUGUAGGCAUCUAAUGAAGCUAUCCACAUUCUUCUGCAUUUGCUUGUUCAUGGACCAAGAGCUAUGAGAUGUAAAUGGAUUACUUAAAGUUGUGUAGUAUCAUAAA